AUGCUCGAAUUAACCAUUCAAUUACAGGGAGAAGCGGUGCGCUAUUGGCGGGAGUUUUUAACUUACUUGUCAUACCCACUUCGGGAGAGGGACUACUCAAUGUGGCCGGAAAAGCCGGAGGGAUUGACGGCAGUGAUGAAGGAGUACAGCGAGAAGCUCAUGGGUUUGGCAUGCAAGUUGCUGGAGGUGAUGUCUGAGGCUAUGGGUUUGGAGAAGGAGGCCUUGUUUAAGGCCUGUGUGGAUAUAGGCCAGAAUGUGUUGGUCAAUUUCUACCCCAAAUGUCCACAACCGGACCUCACUCUCGGACUCAGGCGCCAUACGGAUCCCGGUACCAUCACGCUGCUGCUUCAGGAUCAGGUGGGUGGGCUUCAGGCUACAAGGGAUGGUGGAAAGACUUGGAUCACCGUUCAGCCUGUUGAAGGAGCUUUUGUUGCCAACCUUGGAGAUCAUGGCCAUUUCAUGAGCAAUGGAAGAUUCAAGCGCGCGGAACACCAAGUGGUGGUAAACUCCAGCUGUGAUCGAUUUUCUAUUGCAACAUUCCAAAAUCCGGCACCAGAAGCAAUAGUUUAUCCUCUGAAGAUAGAAGAAGGAGAGAAGGCAGUGUUGGAGGAGGCCAUAACCUUGCAAGAGAUGUACGUGAGGAAGAUGAACAGGGACGUCAACCGUCCCUGGCUAAAGAAGCCGGUCAAGGAUCACCAGUCUUAUGAUUUUGAUCAUCAAUCUAAACUGGCCCCCAAGCCUGCUGAGAAUAUUUUCGUUUAAGCUCGACUGCGUUCUUCAUGUCCCGCUUGCGUUUGCGUGUUUGAAUGUGCGUGUGUUUUUUGGCCUUUCCUUUUGUGUUGUUCUCCUGCCAAAGUUCUGUGUGUAGUGUGUACUCAGGCGUCCUGCGGAGUAGUCUCUUUUUCAUGUGAGGAUCAGCUACGAAAAACGUACCAUUCAAUCUUCAUGAUAGGAGGCCUCCGGAUGCCCUUCUUAUUUGAUUUAUUUUUAUUUAAUGCAUGGGGAAAUGUGUCCUAAAUAAUAACCCAAAUUUGAA